CAAAGGCUGGGGGCGCGUCUGCAAAGAGGGAAGCGGGUUUCAAUUUCAAACCCAAAUAAACCGAGGGACGAGCUAGUGGAUUGUGGGACAGCGAUAACACUAAACAGUUCAUUUACCGCGCUUUCCCGUGGAAACUGAACGUCGUGGUUUAUUCUCGGUCGUGGUGUAGACGCAACUGCAUUGACUCCGCCGGUAAAAAGUCGCCUGACGCGUCUUCGCUCCAAUUUUCCGCGCCUGGUUAAUUUGGAUGACAAACCGAGGCUUGGCUUGUUUGCAGGUGUUUAUCACUACGGAUACGGCACCACGUUAAAAAAAAAAAAAAAAAAAAAAAACACCACUGUGCUUUAAUUACUCUCAUAUUUGGUAUAGCGAGCGAUUUCUGCUAGAAACAUGCCGAGGUCCAACAGGCAAAAGGAAUAUAAACCUGGAGAUCUCGUGUUUGCUAAAAUGAAGGGGUACCCACACUGGCCUGCGAGGAUUGAUGAGUUACCCGAAGGAGCCGUGAAAACGCCCUCGAACAAGUAUCAGGUGUUCUUCUUUGGGACACAUGAGACGGCUUUCCUGGGUGCCAAGGAUUUGUUCCCAUAUGAAGAGUGCAAAGAGAAGUUUGGAAAAGCAAACAAGAGGAAAGGAUUUGCUGAGGGACUCUGGGAGAUCGAGAACAACCCCACUGUCACGCAUGAAGCCUAUGAGUCAUCAAAGAAGGACAACGCGUCAGAAGGAACAGGGGACACGGGCAGUUCGGAGAAAGCAGAUGCCGAGGGCAGCAGUGACGAGGACGAAGGCGCCCUGGUCAUCGACGAGAAGAACGAGAGGGGAGGAACCAAACGAAAAGCAGAGGAGUCCACAGAGGCGUCUCCCAAGCGGCCAAAGGAUACGGAGGCGGAAGGUGACUCUAAAGUGGACGGCAACAAGUCGAACACAGAGGCCAAGCUCAACGAUGUGGCUGGACCUAAGGCAACUGCUCCCUCCUCACUGAGCGAGUCUAAACCAGAGGCCCAGGAAAACGCUCCAGCAGGGGGCCAGCUAACAGCAGAUAAGCCGGUGACAGACAGCGCUUAACGUCAACUCAGAAGAAAACCAACAACCUUUUGAUGCUUCUCUCUGGAAUUUAAGCAUCAACUCAAAACCUGCAGGAUUUCAGCUGUUUAAUUAAGUAGGAGAAUUUAAAGAAAAGAAAAAGAAAACAAAACACCAGAGUGUUUGUAUUGAGAGACAAACAAAUCAUAAUUUGCCAUUUUUGGGAUAUCAUAUAUCCCAGAAACAAAAAAGUUUGCUAAUCAGAUUUCAAACAAUUGAACCGAGCACUUUAAAGCUCAUUUAUAAAUGGGAUUUUGGUGUGUAUAUAUUUUUUAUUUCUAAGUGCAAUUACACAAUUACAAAGACUGAAUGCUAGGUGUCAAAACAUCUUUCAGUUUAGAGGGAAUAAACACUGAAUAUCACAGAAUAUAUCGUAAAUAAAUAAAUAAAUAAAAAUGCAUUUAAAUCACAAAAAAAAAUACAUUUAUUUGACUAAAUGGUCCCAUUUGGUUGUUUGGAAACGUCAACAUUGUACAGAACAGAACAAAUUUUCACCCACGCUCUCAGCUUUAGUUCAUGAAUUUACUGUUUUACUUCACCUAGCUUCUCAGCUUCAUUUCAGUCAUUUAUUCUUUCUUUCUGCCCCGUUAAUCAUCGUCUAGUUUUAUGCAACACAGGUUUUGUUGCUUUGGUGUGCGUGCGCGUGCAUGUGUGUGUGUGCGUGCGUGUGUGUGUGCGCGCUUUGUUGCAGGUGACCAAAUUAUGUGGUAAAUUUCAGAAUUGUUGAAUAUCCCCAUUUGAACUACGAGUAAACCUCUCUUUAACAUCACUUCAGCCGAUGACGUGUGUUGUUAUGAGCAGAAAGACAUUCCUGAAUGUUGUGAGCUUGAUGCGUUCGAAGUCAAGCUGGAGCAGUGUUAAUGACUGUCGCGAGGGGAGGGGGCUGUUAUGUGUCACCACCUUUUUCUAGGAAAUUGUCUGGCAACCUCUUACAAGGCGAAAACUCAACUUGAAGUUUUAAUAUUAUAAUUUCCUAUAUAGCUCACAGUUGUGCGGCCAUUGCUCGAUGCUGUCAAAAGUGCAGGUUUCAUUCAGUAAUUGGUUGUGCCAAAUAUGUCCAGCUCAUUCAGGUUGGAAAUUUACUGCAAAAAUUGUUCAUGCAUUUUGAAAGAAUAUAUGGAGCGAACCAUCUGUAAAAUUUUGAUUUAUGACUUUUUUUUUUUUUUUUUCUUUGAUUCCCGCCCUCUUAACUGGAAUACGAGUCUGUUUUACUUCAGUGGUCUUAUUAUUUUGACUGUGAAACAAAGUUGUGAUGUUUUAAAGAUGUGUUUUAUUCAAACAUCUGUUUAGACAACAUGUUCAACAUACAGUGUUGUUAUUUUCCACUGUGGAUCAUUUUGGUGCGAACUCGGUCCAUCGUGUUGCCUGGAUGUCGUCAUCGCUUCAGUGUUCUUUCAUGUAUUUGACAACGUUAGCCUACAGUUUAUCGAAAUUGAAACCAUAAGGGAACGCUCGGCUCUUUAGGGUGAAAAUAAUUCUGGAUGUUGUGUCUAAGGUGGCAACUUUCCCUUCACCACACCAUUUACUUCAAGAUAUAUAAAAUGGUCAAAGCACCACUUCAGAUCUGGAUUUAAUCUCAAGGUUUAGCUUUCUCUGUUACUUUCAGAAGCUGCCAUUCAUCUUAACCUGCUGCUUAGUUUACUAUUGUAGUUGCCAGUUCAUUUAAUAAACAUGUUGAUUACAUAAAAA